ACAGCUUCCUGCAUUCCCUCAAAACAACCUGGCAGUGCAGGAUUACACGAUCUGCAGUCUGAGACUUUGUUCAAUCUUUAACCAGCUAAAGAAGCACAGCUGCAGCAGAGAGGUGCUCCGUGUGAGCAGCAGCGGAAUGGCGUUGUUUGUCCUCGGAGGACGUUUGUUGAAAUGCAGAACUGACAUAAAGAGAGUCAUGACAGCGACCCAGGCCUACUGCUCCUCAGUGGCGGCAGGCAGGCAGCAUGUUAAUGGAGUGGAUCUGUACUAUGAGCAGACAGGCAGAGGGAAGCACGCUGUACUGCUGAUUCCUGGUGCUCUGGGGUGCACUCGGACUGAUUUUGGACCUCAGCUGAAGUCUCUGAAUAAGGAACUCUUCACUGUAGUGGGCUGGGAUCCCCGUGGUUACGGACAGUCGCGCCCCCCGGACAGAGAUUUCCCUGCUGACUUCUUUGAGAGGGAUGCGAAAGAUGCAGUGGAUCUAAUGAAGGCAUUGGGCUUUGGAAAGUUCUCUCUGCUGGGGUGGAGCGACGGAGGAAUCACUGCUCUGAUUGCAGCGGCAAAGAACCCCGAUGUGAUCAACAAGAUGGUUGUUUGGGGAUCCAAUGCCUUUGUUUCCCACCAGGACCUCAAGCUUUACAAUGCGGUCCGUGACGUCUCCAGGUGGAGUGCGAGGAUGAGGCAGCCCAUGGAGGAGGUGUACGGAACAGAAGUGUUUGCCAAAACCUGGGAGGCCUGGGUGGAUGGGAUUGCACAGUUCGCAAAGAGACCAGGAGGGAGUAUCUGCCUGGAGCUCCUGCCCCUCAUCAGCUGUCCCACCCUGGUCAUCCACGGAGAGAAAGACCCCAUGGUGCCCAGCAUCCACCCACAGUGCCUCCUCAAACACAUUAAGGGAUCACAAUUACACCUGAUGCCAGAGGGUAAACACAAUCUCCACCUGAGAUAUGCUGAUGAAUUCAACAAACUGGUGGAAGACUUCCUGCAAGACUGAUGGAUCCAGUUACACUGUGAAACAACAGCUCAUCAUUUAGAGGAGAAGAACCAGGGUGAAUAUUAUAUUAUUGCAAAUAUAGACACGAAAAGGCUUAAUUCAUUAUUGACUAUUUAAAUGCUACUCUCUUUAUAAGGCAUCACUUGUUAAAUGCUGGAUAUUUUACUUUAAAUUCCGAAUGUUAUUUUUUCUACAAUUAAAUGUUUUAUGAAGCAA